CAACCACGCUAGCAUUGAGAAAAGCUCCGUGGCAACGUUGUAGCAGAUAGCGCCUAUCCAUGGACUGAACUAUCUAACGCUGCGACCAUAGCACAGCGUUACCAAAGGAAAAGUAGUUCACAACUUUAAGCUGAAAGAUGCCCCCCGGUUCAGAUGACGCUCGGAAGAAGUUUGUUCUUACCACAGCUGGAAACUUCUUUGGUCUAAAGCCUUCAUCUUCUCUGGCUGACAACCAAGAGCUGAAUAACUUCUUGGACGAUGGAAAUGAAUUUAUCUUGUCUUUUACCAGGCAUGAUCAUGACCUUCGUCUGUCUAAUAAGAUCGAAGCUGUGGGUGACAGCGGAGAAAAGGUGUUGGUGUUCUUUAAACUGUAUCCCACAGUUAUUACAGAAGACAACCUAGAUAGGAGUCUUUUGGUGUCGUCCAUGUUGGAAUCUCCUAUUAACACCCUCUAUCAGUCUGUAAAGCAGGUUUUUGCACCUGUACUGCUUCAGGAUGAGCAGUGGCGCUCCGCUUUCGACCCUAAGCUCGCAAGUCUGCUAAAUGAGCUGGAAACGGGCCUUGGAUCUGUGGUUCGUCAAUCCGGAGCUAAACCUUUUGCCAAGAAGGGCCACACCGAAGAUGACAUCCUGGGAAUCUUGACUCCCAAUGAUGAGUUCCAGUUUUGGGCAGAUCUCUCUGAAUCUGCAGAGAAGAGCAGUGUGAGAGAAAGGGCAUCGUAUUUCACUGAGCAGUUCAAACUAAUACAAAAGGAGUAUGUUGGUCUUGAUAGCUUGUCCAUGUCAGACGUUGUGGAUCUGGUGGAACAGAGCAAAGAUGCCCUGGAUGACGUUUGGAGGCAGACAGAUUUCCAGCCCUAUCCAGAAACACGAAUGGUUCGGCUCCUAGACGUCAUUGGUGGAGCCUUGGGGCGGUAUGUCCAGAAGAAGCUGAGCGGUCUUAAGAUUUUUGAGGAGCCAUUUGUGCUGAUGAGAGAGAACCUCAGGGUUGGGGUUUCCAUCUGUGAGCAGUGGGUGGGAGCCUCUGAGCAUUUAACCGGACAGGUGUGGAAAAGAUAUGCUCCACAUCCCUGGGAAGGGCAAAAACACUGUCCACAAACCCUUCAAUGCCUUGCAAAGCGGCUCAAUGAGGUGGUGGCUCUCCGCAUGGUUCAUGAGAAACUGCUGUGUUUGCUACCAGGAGGAAAGCAGCAGGCUUUGACUGCAGAUCGGGUGUUUGAGCCUUUUUCUGGACUCAAUCCUGUACAUUACAACCCCUAUACUGAGCCCCUUUGGAGAGCAGCAGUGGUUCAGUUCGAGCGAGUAAUAGCUCCAUCAGAGCAGGAGGUUGCUGGCAGGCUAAAGAACUAUAUUGCUGAUGUGCAGGACAACCCACAACAGCUGCUGCAGGUUUUUCAGAAACAUAAGGAGUUAAUCAGACGCCCAACAAUCAGCAAAGAGCUCCAGUCGGAAAGAGAGAAGCUACUGGCUAAGCUUCUUGACUACAUCAAGGGCUUGAAGAAUGACUUUGAGAGUCGAUGCCACGGUGGCCCCGGAGACAAGAAUGGGCCCCUUACUGGAAGGAAUCUUCCUGAGGUGGUCAAUAAAAUUGUCUGGGUGCGACAUCUCGUACACAAGGUGGAAGACUCUGUCCGCAUUGCAGAGGCUCUGCUUUCAGACCUAUCUGGUUUCAAGGGCUUCCUACGUUUCUGCGAUGAUCUACUAGAAAUUUUGAGGGCGUAUGAACAGGAGCAAUUUGAAGACUGGUCCAGGGAUAUACUAUCUGGAUUGGCUGAUCCCAGAUCAGGGAUAAGUCUUCAGGCCAGUAACCGGGUCAUGGAGCUGGACCAUGUAGAUGGCAGGCUGAAGAUCCAGUACUCAGACAGAUUGGUUAGUCUGCUCAAGGAGGUCAGGCAGCUUUCAGCUCUGGGUUUUCCCAUCCCAGCCAAGAUACAGCAGGCGGCUAACACAGCCGACAAGUUUCACAGGCAGGCCAUUGUUCUGAAACAGGUAGCCCAUUUCUACAACACAAUCGACCAACAAAUGAUUCCUUCUCAGAGGCCCAUGAUGCUCAGUCUUGCAUUGGCCUUUGAGCAGGUCAUUAAGAACCACCGUUCCCAGUCAAAAGAAUCGGAUAGCAAACUCCAGAUCACCUGGGAUAAUCCAAAAGAGUUGGAGGUUUACAUUGGGAAGUUGCAGUCUGCUGCAGAGAAGCUUUCCACCGAGAACAGAAAGUUGCGAAGAUGGCACACUGAUUUCAUCGAUAAGGUGGUGACGCUCAUGAAUGUGGAUUUACUAAGACACCAGCAGCGAUGGAAAGAUGGCCUCCAGGAACUCCGCACUGGCUUCGCCACUCUGGAGGCUCAGGGCAUCAGGUGUGAUGACAUGCAGGCUUGGCGUCAGCACUGGAACCAUCAGCUCUACAAGGCUCUGGAACACCAGUAUCAGACUGGGCUAGAAGCUCUGAAUAAGAACUUGCCUGAGAUACAAAUCGAUCUGAUUUUCAAGCAGGGCCGUUUACAGUUUCGGCCGCCGUUCGAAGAGGUGCGAGCUCGAUACUUCAGAGAGAUGAAACGUUUCAUCUCCAUCCCAAAUCAGUUUAAAGGAGUCAGCAUCCCGGGGGAAGAGCUUAUCUUCAACAUAAUGAUCGACAGAAAUGCCUCUGGCUUCCUUACCAUUUUCAGCAAAGCUGAGGACCUCUUUAGCCGCCUGCAGGCUAUGCAAGAUAAGUUCAAGGAGUGGGUGGUGCUUGGCCAGGUUGAUUUAGAGAAGUUGGUGGGGAAGCAUCUCACUUCUGUGCAAGACUGGGAGAGAAAUUUCAAGGCCCUCAAAGCCAGAGGAAAAGAGUCAGAACGCCUCCCUAGUCAAGAGAAGGUAGACUGUAUUACAGUCAAUUGUGAGCCUGUAAAAACGACCAUCGAUGACCUGAUCCAGAGAUUGUUUGACAUGCUGCUCUUAUCACUAAAGAAAUCAAUACAAGGCCACACACAAUCCAUAGAAAGCUUCAUUUCAGAAUCAAUGGAAGUGCUCGCAACGCGACCAGAAAGCAUGGAGGAGAUUGCUGCUGCUACUGGCAAAUACAGCCAGAUUGUCGCUCGUAAGCCUGAAAUCUUGCCUGAGUUCCAGUUUGCUGAGGAGAAAAACCGUCUUCUCCGCACUGUGGCUGGUUCAGGUCUGGACUCAUUAUCCUCUCUGAGGGCCAAGUGGGAUAAACUAGAACUCGUCAUGGAGAGCCAUCAGCUCAUGAUAAAAGAUCAGGUGGAGGUGAUGCGAAAUCAUGCAUCUGCUCGUAUUAGUGCCUACAUGGCAGAUUUGGAGCGCUUCAAAGCCCGCUGGGACCAACUAAAGCCUAAAGAUGAGAUGCUUGAAACUGGUGAUCAUCCUGCCUUGCUUGCCUGCCUUCAGACCAUCAGAGACAAACAGCAGGAGUUCCAGGAGAUGGAGCUUAUACGCAACAAACUGCUUGAAGACUGUGCACAUUUUAAUUUGGAGCCUCCAGAUUUCUCUCUGGCAGAAGAGACAAAAAGAGACAUGGAUGAGCAUAGUCAGAUGUGGGGUCUGUAUGAGGAGUGGCACCAAGGCUUCACAGAAAAGGCCCAGGAGGAUUGGAUCACAUUCAGGAGUAAAACUUAUGUGUUUGAGGAGUUUCUCUUUGCAUGGCAAGACCGGUUGAGAAAACUAGAGAAACCAACAGUCAUGUCUGUUAAACUUCAGGGAGAAGUGGACAAAUACAAGAAUAUGGUACCUGUACUGAAGUAUGUUCGUGGAGAGCACCUUUCGCAGGACCAUUGGUUGGACAUGUUUCGUUUGCUGGGUCUACCCCGAGGGACCACCUUAGAGAGACUUACCUUUAAUGACCUCCUGGGAGUGGCACACACUAUCUCAGAGAAAGCGUUGGAGCUCAAGGAUCUGAACAGUCGUGCUCAGGCAGAGGUGUCCAUCCGAGAAGCCCUAAGGGAGCUGGAUCUGUGGGGCGCUGCGGCCAUUUUCACUCUCACUGAGUACACAGACAGUAGUGGGCGCACGCUAAGCCUGAUCAAAGACUGGAAGGAUAUCGUAAAUCAGGUGGGAGACAACCGCUGUCUGCUGCAGUCUCUGAAAGACUCGCCCUACUACCGCAGCUUCCAGGACAAGGUCAGCCUGUGGGAGGUUCGACUGUCAGACUUAGAUGAGUAUCUGCUCAAUCUCAAUGCCAUCCAGAGACGCUGGGUUUACCUGGAGCCUAUCUUUGGAAGAGGAGCAUUGCCUCGAGAGGAAACACGUUUUAAAAGGGUUGAUGAAGACUUCAGGUCUAUAAUGUCAGACAUCCAGAGAGACACCAGAGUAGUUUCUUUGAGCUCGCGGGCUGGCGUCAGAAACUCCCUGGUCAACCUACUGGAUCAGCUUCAGCGCUGUCAAAAGUCCCUAAAUGAGUUCCUAGAGGAGAAGCGUUCUGCUUUUCCACGGUUCUAUUUUAUUGGAGAUGAUGACCUCUUAGAAAUUCUUGGACAGGCAACCAACCCAACUGUCAUCCAGUCCCAUCUGAAGAAACUCUUUGCAGGCAUCCACAGUGUUUUGUUUGACGAACCACGGCAGAACAUUGUUGCAAUGUGUUCUUUAGAGGGAGAAGUAGUACAGCUAAGAAACGUUGUGCACAUCUCCAGCCUUGUUGAGGUUUGGCUGAGCGAGCUGGCCAUGGAAAUGAAGGAAACGCUGAAACAUCUGCUGAAUGAAUGUUUGUCUCUGGGCAGGAAAGGGGAGGUGGAUCCCUCACGUUACCCUUCACAGAUUCUCUGUUUGGCUGAGCAAAUUCAGUUUACUGACGAUGUGGAAAACGCUAUAAAAGAGCAAACUUUGCAUCAGCUGGAGUUGGAGCUUAACAGUAAACUGGAGCACUACACCACAGUGGAAACAAGUUCAGAUGAUCAUCCUAACACAGAGUCCAGUGUGCUGCAGCUGAAACUGAAAGCUUUGAUUUUGGAUAUCAUUCACAACAUCAGCGUGGUGAAACAGCUUAACCAGGCAGGUGUCACCAGAACUGACGACUGGGCCUGGAAGAAACAACUCCGCUUCUACAUGGGAACAGACAAAAGUUGCCACAUACAUAUGGUGGAUGCACAGUUUAGUUACACCUACGAAUACCAGGGGAAUGCUGCUAAGCUGGUGCACACUCCGCUGACAGAUAAGUGUUACCUGACUCUAACCCAGGCCAUGAAGAUGGGGCUCGGUGGGAAUCCCUAUGGGCCUGCUGGCACUGGCAAGACUGAAUCUGUCAAAGCUCUGGGUGGGCUCUUUGGACGCCAAGUGUUGGUUUUCAAUUGUGAUGAGGGUAUAGAUGUUAAGUCAAUGGGAAGAAUAUUUGUUGGGCUGGUGAAGUGUGGAGCGUGGGGCUGCUUCGAUGAGUUCAAUCGUUUAGAGGAAGCCGUGCUUUCUGCAGUUUCCAUGCAGAUUCAGGCCAUCCAAGCAUCCCUGAAACAUAACAAAAAAAACUGUGAGCUGUUGGGGAAGGAGGUGGAAUUGGACCCAAACUCUGGGGUUUUCAUCACUUUAAACCCUGCAGGGAAAGGCUACGGUGGGCGGCAGAAACUUCCAGACAACCUGAAGCAGCUGUUUAGGCCUGUAGCCAUGAGCCGACCCGACAAUGAGCUCAUAGCUGAAGUCAUCCUCUACUCUGAGGGCUUCAAAAAUGGAGAAGUACUGGGCCGUAAGCUGGUUGCAGUCUUCAAUCUGGCCAGGGAGUUGUUGACACCCCAGCAGCAUUAUGACUGGGGUUUACGGGCUCUGAAGACUGUGCUUAAAGCUUGUGGCUGUCUGCUGCAGCAGCAGAGGAAAGGUCAUGACAAGGAGAUGAUUCAGGAGAGUAAUAUGGUGGUGCAGGCAUUGAGAUUAAACACCAUGUCCAAGCUGACAUUUGCAGACAGCUCUCGGUUUGACGCCCUUGUCAGAGAUGUCUUCUCUGGGGUUAAUUUCACCGACGUUGAAGACCAGAUCCUGAUGGAUGCAUUAAAACAAGUCUAUCAGGAGGCACAGCUGGAACUUAUACCAAACCAGCUGAAGAAAGCCAUGGAGCUGAAUGAACAACUGAGGCAACGUAUGGGUGUAGUGAUCGUGGGGCCAAGCGGAGCAGGCAAGUCUACGCUGUGGAGAAUGCUAAGAGCUGCUCUCAACAUGACUGGCAAAGUGGUAAAACAUUACACAAUGAAUCCUAAAGCCAUGCCCAGACAGCAGCUUUUGGGACAUAUAGAUAUGGACACCAGAGAAUGGGCUGAUGGCGUUCUCACUCACAGCGCCAGGACUGUAGUCAGAGAACCACAAGAUGUGAAUUCCUGGAUAGUUUGCGAUGGAGACAUUGACCCUGAGUGGGUUGAAAGUCUAAACUCUGUGCUUGAUGACAACCGCUUGUUAACCAUGCCCAGUGGCGAGCGGAUCCAGUUUGGACCCAAUGUUAACUUUUUGUUUGAGACUCACGACCUGAGCUGCGCCUCUCCAGCAACAAUAUCCCGCAUGGGCAUGAUCUUCUUAAGUGAUGAGGACAUUGAUGUUGGUGCAUUGGUGAAGUCAUGGUUGAGGCGUCAGCCUGAGGAGUGUCGCAGUAACCUAGAAAACUGGCUGGGAGACUAUUUCCAAAGAGCGCUGGACUGGGUUCUGAAACAGAAUGACUUUGUGGUGGAAACUAGUCUGGUGGGCACAGUACUCAACACUUUAUCCCACCUCAAUGCUGUGUCUGAGAGGGGAGAGUUUAUUGUUGGACUUCUAAGAGGCAUUGGAGGAAACCUCAAUCUCAAAACACGAAACGAACUUGCUAAAGAGUUGCUGAGCUGGGCAAGAGAAAGCCCACCAGAUGCCAGAAAACCACUUGAUACCUUCUAUGAUUUUGACAGUGGCCAACUAGCAGCUUAUACAUUCCAGCGUCCUGAGGAUCUCAGCUUAGAACAGCUUUUUAACACACAUGUAUUACCUGUAAUAAAGACUCCGGGCAUGCAGAGAGGUCUGCACGGUUUCUCCCCAUGGCUCACUGCGCGGCACAGGCAGCCCUUCAUGGUGGUUGGACCUGAGGGCUGUGGAAAGGGCAUGCUUCUGCGCUAUGCAUUUGCUGGGCUGCGUUCCACACAAGUCGCAGUGGUUCACUGCAGCGCCCAGACCUCGUCUCGCCAUGUCCUCCAGAAGCUCAGCCAGACAUGUCUGCUGCUCAGCUCAAACACAGGCCGAGUUUUCCGACCUAAGGACUGCGAGAAUCUUGUCCUUUACCUGAAGGACAUCAACCUACCUAAACCAGACAAAUGGGGGACCAGUAACCUCAUCGCCUUUCUGCAGCAGAUUUUGACCUACAAGGGGUUUUAUGAUGAAAAUCUGGACUGGGUGAGCCUUGAGAACAUUCAGGUCGUUGCCUCCAUGUCAACAGGAGGGGCUGUCGGUACCCAUUCGCUCUCCUCCCGUUUCUCCUCAAUUGUACGCGUUUGUACCAUAGACUAUCCAGACAGAGAGCAGCUGCAAACCAUCUACUCAGCUUACCUUCAGCCUGUUCUCCAUCACAGUCUGGGAAACCAGGCUGCCUGGGCCAGCACUGGGAAAACACACCAGCUGGCAGGCUCUCUUGUCCAAGUCUAUGAACAGGUCAAAUUAAAGUUUACAGUGGAUGACCACAGUCACUACCUGUUUACACCUUGUGUCCUGACAGAAUGGGUUUUUAGCUUGCUGCGAUACGAUCUUACUGCAGCUCAAUCCAAUUUAACAGACAGCGUCUUGGAAGUGGUUGCUUAUGAAGCCCGGAGGCUGUUUAGAGACCGGCUGGUCUCUUCUAAAGACAUUCACAACUUCGACAACAUCCUGUCCUCCAUCAUUCGUGGAGACUGGGGGUCUGACGCUCUGGACAACAUGAGUGAUGGUUUCUAUGUGACAUGGGGAGCUUCCGAAGGGGCCGUCACGGCUCCAGGCCAGCCUCUGCCCCUUCAUGGGAAACAGCUUGGUCGUCUGAAUUCUGCUGAUUUGAAACAGGUUAUACAAAAGGGAGUUUCACUGUACAGUCGUGACAACAGAGAGCUUGACCUUCUACUGUUCUGGGAAGUGUGCGACUUUGUUUCCCGAGUGGAUCGCGUUCUAAGUCGGCCUGGUGGCUCUCUGCUUCUGGCGGGACGGAGCGGAGUGGGUCGGCACACUGCCGCCUGUCUGGUGUCACACAUGCAUGGAAACAUGUUGUUCACGCCUAAAAUCUCCCGUGGAUAUAACCUCAAAAAUUUCAGCAAUGACCUUAAAAUGGUGAUGCAGCUGGCGGGUCUGGAAGGUCAGCAGGUGGUUUUACUGUUGGAGGAUUACCAAUUUGUCCACCCAGCUUUCUUAGAGAUGGUAAACAGCCUGCUGUCCUCAGGUUGGUACACAUUGGCAACAUUGUUGAAAGUAGAAUUUCCAUCCUUGGAUCAAAGCUGAAAAAAGUGGUUUUAGACCAGAGGUAGUUUCUGUCCUCACUCUGACUCCUUUAAUAUUCCAAACUCAUGUCAUGUAGGAAUACAACAGAACCUCCACGUUGUCCUGAUUAUGGACUGCUCCAAUUCUAAUUUCACCAUCAACUGUGAAAGCAACCCGGCUUUCUACCGCAAGUGUUCAGUCCAGUGGAUGGAAGGAUGGUCAGAGAGCAGCAUGAAGAAGAUUCCUGAGCUAUUGCUGGCAAAACCAGAACCUGACGAGGUGGAGAAUAAAAACGAAAAGGCUACCAAGAGGAAAAGCACAGGGUCAGAAUUGGAAGACCUGGGUCGCUUGUUUCUAAUGGUCCACGAAUCGUGUAAAGAAAACGGUGCAACACCGAGCCAGUACAUGUCCUUCCUGCAUGUGUACAGAACGUUACACGGCCAAAAGCAAAACCAGCUUACAAGAAGACGGCAACAUCUUCAGGCAGGUGUGUCCAAGCUGAACGAGGCCAAAGCAUUGGUUGAUGACUUAAAGAGGCGGGCGGCUGAACAGAGUGCCCUGCUGAAAACCAAACAACAGGAGGCAGAUGCUGCCCUGCAGGAAAUCACCUCCUCCAUGCAGAACACCAGUGACCAGAAGACGGAAAUGGAAAAAAUUAAAGAGAAAAUGGCUCAUGAGAUGUCCAAGAUUGAAGAGAGAAAAGCCAAAAUAGACGACGAGUUAAAGGAAGUUCAACCUUUGGUAGAUGAAGCAAAGCGAGCUGUUGGAAACAUCAAGCCUGAAGCUCUGUCUGAGAUCCGUUCUCUCCGGAUGCCCCCUGAUGUCAUCAGAGACAUCCUUGAGGGCGUAUUAAGACUCAUGGGGGUCUUUGAUACCACCUGGGUCAGCAUGAAAAGCUUUCUGGCAAAGCGUGGCGUGAGGGAGGAUAUUGCUACGUUUGAUGCUCGAAACAUCACUCCAGAGAUCCGCCAGAGUGUGGAAGAGCUUCUCAACAGGAACAAGGCUUCGUUCGACCCUAAGAAUGCAAAGCGUGCAAGCGCAGCAGCUGCUCCUCUGGCUGCCUGGGUCAAAGCAAAUGUUCAGUACUCCUUUGUCCUGGAGAAAAUCGACCCACUGGAAAGGGAACAGGCUGGACUUCUGGAAAACCUUAAAAAAACAGAAGGGAGGAAAAAUAAGCUAGAGGACCAGCUCAACAAUGUUGGAGCCAAAGUCAACAAGUUGAAAGAGAAGUUUCAGCGUUACACUGCUGAGGCUGCAAAGCUGGAGGCUGAGGUGACUAAAGCUCAGGACACGAUCACUGCAGCCCAGCAGCUCAUAUCACAGCUGGACGGAGAACACACACGUUGGAAUGCACAGAUGUCUGAGAUACAGAGUGAGUUGGACACACUUCCUCUCAGGGCUCUGCUUGCUGCAGCCUUCAUCACCUACCUGUCUGCUGCUUCUGAAGACCGAAGGAGACACUGUCUGGAUACCUGGAUGGCUCAAUCUGGAUUACAGAAGUUCGACUUGCGUUUGUUCCUGUGCUCAGAGAGUGAACAGCUCAUAUGGAAGAGUCAAGGACUUCCAUCAGAUGACCUCUCCAUGGAAAAUGCUCUGGUUAUCCUGCAGAGUGUUGCCUGUCCAUUCCUGAUCGACCCAUCAUCUCGAGCCACAGAAUGGUUACGCACACAUCUUAAAGAACAGAGACUAGAGGUUAUUAACCAACAGGACAACAAUUUCAUGACAUCAGUGGAGCUGGCAGUAAGAUUUGGAAAAACACUUAUCAUCCAAGAGAUGGAUGGUGUCGAACCGGUGCUCUAUCCGCUGCUCAGGAAAGACCUCAUAGCUCAAGGUCCAAGGUAUGUGGUCCAGAUUGGGGACAAAGUUAUCGAUUACAACGAGGACUUCCGUCUCUUCCUUGCAACACGGAACCCCAGUCCCUUCAUCCCACCUGACGCCGCAUCAGUGGUCACAGAGGUCAACUUCACCACCACCAGGGCAGGGCUGCGGGGACAGCUGCUAGCCUUGACCAUCCAGCACGAGAAGCCUGAAUUAGAGACUGAGAAAACAAGACUGCUGCAACAAGAGGAGGACAAAAAGAUACAGCUGGCCCAGCUGGAAGAAUCUCUGUUAGAGACUCUGGCUACAGCUCAAGGUAAUAUUCUGGAGAACAGGGAGCUGAUUGACAGCUUAAACCAAACCAAGGCGAGCAGUGCCCUCAUCCAGGAGUCACUGGUGGAGUCGCACAGACUGCAGGCAUCUUUGGACCAGGAGAGGGAUGCCUACCUGCCCUUUGCAGAGAGUGCCAGCAAGAUGUAUUUUGUAAUCACAGACCUGUCAAAGAUCAACAACAUGUACUGCUUCAGUCUUGCUUCUUUUUUGCGCCUCUUUCAAAGAGCCCUUCAAUCCAAGAAGGAGGACCUAAAUACAGAGGCCAGAAUUUCUGCUUUGGAGAACAACUUGAAGAUUAUGGUGUAUGAAUAUGUCUGCCGUUCACUUUUCAAGGCCGACCAGCUGAUGUUUGCAAUGCAUUUUGUGAAAGGCAUGUACUCUGAACUCUUCCAAGAGAAUGAAUGGGAAGUUUUAAUUGGAUCCAUUGUUGGAGAAAUGUUCAAAAAAGAGGAGUUCCCUUCUUGGAUUGACCAGGAGAGACAUGCAGCGUUGGCCAUUUUGAAAACUACUUUUCCAACUCUGUACCAGACUCUGUGUUUGAGUGACUCAGACCUUUGGCUGUCCUUCAUGCAAAGCUCACAGUGUGAGCAGGAAAUCCCGUCUUCCAUCACCAGAAAGAUUAGUCUUUUCCAGCAGGUGCUGUUGGUUCAGGCCAUAAGACCUGACCGCCUGCAAAGCGCCAUGACUACCUUUGCCUCCCAAGCCCUUGGUAAGAAAUUUU